ACAAGAUCUGCCAUCAACGCGUCAACAAACGUUGUUGUGACCUUGCAGUCAAGCGUUCAAAUUUCAAGGCUCAUCUUAACGUUCUACACUUUACAGUCAGAGCUAGCUACAUGAUCAUGCACUAUUACGAAGUCCUUUCGCAUUGACUCCGCCGACAGAUUCAUCCACCUAGGCAAACGUCCAGUCCUUCCUGGCUACUCCUUCUAGCUAGGCUCUUGACCCUAACACACUCUCGCACCCCGUGGUACGCCGCCUUGUGUGAGCGGGGAGAAGUAGAAGAUCCCCCAUGCUUUAGGUUCCGAGGUCCUCAUCAUUUAGUUGAGAGAAGUUUGCAGUUUGUAAGUAUGUUCGUGGGCAGACUAAUACUCGCUUCUAAGCUGUCGGUUGGAAUUGGUUCACCCUAGGAUAUCUUGUGACUACUCAUCAGUCGCAAUGGGACCAUAUACUGUGGUGCCAAAGCCUUCAGUGUCUCCAUACAGCCUCCAAUAGGUUCUGUCAAGGGUAACCUUAAUAAAUAAAUCUGACUUCGGCUACCGACUUUGGCAUAGUAAUUAUGACGAGCAACUGGUAGGUACGUCACUUUCGCUGAUCUAUCAGUAGAAAACAGACGGGGCACUGAAUCCUAUAUAACGGAUCCCUUGAAAUUCAGGACGGAACAGGUCAAUACUUGUCAAGCAUGUCUAAGAAGCUCAUUCUCGUCAUUGGCGCAACAGGUGCCCAAGGGCUGGCUGUCAUUGAUGCACUUCUUGCUCCCACCGACGACGGCUCUCCAUCUCCCUAUGCUAUUCGCGCUUUGACUCGUGAUCCUGAAAGUCGACGUGCAAAGAUACUGACCACCAAAGGUGUCGAAUGUGUCAAAGGCGCAUUUGAUGACUUCCCAUCCGUGUUGCAUGCGCUUCAAGGUGCAUAUGGCGCAUUUGUCAACACCGAUGGCUUGACGGUCGGGGAGCAAAAGGAGGUGUUCUCAGGAAUUCGUAUUUUCGAACUCGCGAAACAGGUCGGGAGUCUGAAGCACUAUGUCUGGAGCAAUCUCGAAUAUGUCUCUAAGAAAACCAACUUCAACCCUGACUACAGGUGUGAACAUUACGAUGGCAAGGGUCGUGUAGCGGAAUUUUUGAAACUCUACCCAUCCGAACCGACUGAUAACGGUAUGUCUUGGAGUGUACUGACGACUGGUCCGUACAUGGAUAUGUUGAAGUUUGUAAGUCUCUCCCACGCGGUAUUUAUGCGCAUCAGAGCUAACGCUACCCUACAGGUCAUGUUCGGCCCUCUGAACAAACGGAAAGAUGGCACUGUUAUAUUUGCUACCCCAGUCGGAAACGGCCAUGUCCCCAUGAUCGCACUCUCAGAUCUCGGUUUCUUUGCACGUUACAUUUUCGACCACCGCGUCGAAACGUCGGGCCAAGAUCUCGAGGUCACAAGCGACGUCGUUGGUUGGGACCACCUGGUAUCCACAUACCAAAAGGUCACUGGCCAAAAAGCUGUUGCCGUCUACCAGCCUCUUGACGAAUGGUUUGACAACUUCGACCAUGUUGACUUGCCAGUCGCGAGCGAUCUCUGGAACCAAGGAGAUCCGCACGCAACAACCUGGAGGAAGAACUUCACCGCUUGGUGGAGGCUCUAUCGGGAUGAUAUUCUUCCUAGGGAUUUGACGUGGAUCAGGGGCCUCAAUCCUAAGGGUCAUACGUUGGAGAGUUGGAUGAGGGAGAAUAACUACGAAGGUCUAUCAGAGGACGCUUUGCUGAAGAACGCGGAAGAUGGGAGAAUGAUCACACCUCGCGAGGAAGUAGUUUCGAAAUUGUAGCUGGACUGCAUAUACCGUUGUCGUACCCCAAGUCUUCUAAAGUGUUUCAAUGCAUAAUGUAUGUGCUUGUCGUGUAACAAGUCUACUCGUUUGUCUUACAGUUGAAAGUUGUUUCCACUUCGCCUUUUUGGGACGACCGGCUAUUGCAAAAGGCUUCGUGGCGUUCGGCCAC